ACAGCUUCCAAAAAGCUUCAGUCAACUCGAGCCAGCUUCAUCCAGCUCCACCAAGCCUGAACUAGGCACAGUCAGCUUCAGCCAGCUUCAGCCAGCUUCAGCCAGCUUCAGCCAGCUUCAGCCAGCUGCAGCCAACUUCAGCCAGCUUCAGCCAGCUGCAGCCAGCUUCAGCCAGCUUCAGCCAGCUGCAGCCAACUUCAGGGAGCUUCAGCCUGCUUCAGCCAGCUUCAGCCAGCUGCAGCCAACUUCAGCCAGCUUCAGCCAUCUGCAGCCAACUUCAGCCAGCUUCAGCCAACUUCAGCCAGCUGCAGCCAACUUCAGCCAGCUUCAGCCAGCUUCAGCCAGCUUCAGCCAACUCAGUGCAUGCCGGAAUUAG